UAUUGUAAAUGAGUGGGCGUGGCUAAAGAAUUCAAAAGGGAUUUUUAAAAGUAUUGGAUCAAUGAAUCAAAUCAAAUAAGAAUUUUCAAUGAACACCUUAUUUUGCAAGAGAUAUGCAUGUUUUUAUGUGCAAAUCAGAUACACUGAUCCUAAUAAACAAUUAUUUAAACUUAACUCUGGCCCCUGUUGGUAACCAUACCCCAAUUUGGGCAGAUAUGCUCAGAUUUUUGUGGUAAACAUGCCCUACAGCAUUCAAUACAGCAGUCCUAAAUUACAUCUGUUUGAAUAAAUGAAGCUCCACUUUUCUAGAACUGACUAGCAUGUGACAGCUAUUGCUUAGAAAUUUCAGUAUGUCUUGGAAAAAUAUUGAGUUUCACCCUCCCAUGAGUAUUUUGACACCAAAUUUGUGACGAUAGGUGCAGAAUCCUAGGAGUAUUUUGCAAAAUAGGUUUUGCAUGUUAUAUAAAUUAUCUUAAAUGUGAGUGGGAAGGGCUAAAUGCUGUAAAGGAAAUUUUUUAGGGUUUGAGACACCAAAUCAAGAUUUGAAAGAUAUUUCACUGCAUAUCCAAAUUUACCAAAGCUAUGCAUUUUUCAAUUUGCAAAUAUGAGCUACUGAGCCUGAGAGCCCAUUAUUAAAACAUAAACUCUGCCCCUAAUGAUGACCUUGCCCCAUACUUUACAGAAUUCCUCCCAGUCUUCUCUUUUUACAGCCAUUUGAGUGGAUUAAGGACCGUUGUGCAUGAGUUGAUUGCCAUGUGGCUGCCAUAUUUUUAUACAUCUCAAUAUGAUUUGAGCAACUUUUGAAGAACAGAGUCCCCUGAGUAAUUAUACACCAAUUUCCUGAUGAAAGGCAAAAGGCCUAGGACUAGUUAGCAAAAGUAGUUUUUGCAUAUUAAGCUAAUUAUCGUAAAUUUGAUUGAGAGUAGCUAUAUGAGCCGAAAUAAAAAAACAAUUAUGGUUUCUGCAAAAGAAUCAAGUUUCAAUUCGAUUCAGUUUUAUUUAUAUGGCACUUUUAACAAUGGACAUUGUCACAAAGUGGCUUUACAGAAAUCUGGAUAUAAAAAUUUAAUUUAUAUUUUAAUUUAUCCCUUUUAAAUUUAUCCCUAAUGAGGAAGCUAGAGGUGAGGGUGGCAAGGCGAUCUCCAAAGACUCAGAAGGGCACCCAUCCUCAUUGGGGGACAACAGAUUCCAACAGAUGCAAGAUGGAGGCCUCCUGUCUGGAGCUGGCUCUGGAGGGGGAGCGUCUGUGUAAGGAGGGUGAUUACAGUGCAGGUGUACCAUUCUUCGAGGCAGCCAUGCAGGUGGGGACAGAGGAUCUUUUGGUGCUGAGUGCCAUCUAUAGUCAGCUAGGCAAUGCCUACUUCCACCUGCAUGAGUAUGCCAAGGCUCUGGAGUUCCACCACCAUGACCUAACUUUAACCAGGACGACAGGGGAUCUGCUUGGCGAAGCCAAAGCCAGCGGCAACCUGGGGAACAUACUAAAGGUAUUAGGGCGUUUUGAUGAAGCAGUGAUCUUCUGCCAGAGGCAUCUGGACAUCUGCACAGAUGUUGGAGACAAGAUGGGACAAGCCAGAGCUCUGUAUAACUUUGGGAAUGUGUACCAUGCUAAAGGAAAGCGUGUCUGUAGCAAUGGCUCAGAACCUGGAAACUUCCCAGAGGAGGUCACCGCAGCACUUAAAAAAGCAGCAGAGUAUUACGAGAAGAAUUUGUGCAUUCUGAAGGAGCUAGGAGAUCGACCGGCUCAGGGCCGCACCUAUGGAAACCUAGGAAACACUCAGUAUCUGCUCAGCAACUUCUGCAAUGCUGUGGAUUCCCACAAAAUGCGGCUCCUCAUUGCAAAAGAGUUUGGAGAUCUGGCAGCAGAACGAAGGGCCUAUUGUAACCUAGGAAAUGCCUACAUUUUUCUGGGAGAGUUUGAGAAGGCUGCUGAGCAUUACAAGAGAGCUCUUCAGUUGGCAAGGCAUCUGAGGGAUCGGGCAGUGGAGGCUCAGGCCUGCUACAGCCUAGGCAACACCUACACUCUACUGCAAGACUACGAGAGAGCUAUAGACUAUCACCUCAAACACCUCAUCAUUGCCCAGGACCUCGGUGACAAGGUUGGUGAAGGCCGUGCCUGCUGGAGUUUAGGUAAUGCGCACACAGCCCUUGGGAAUCAUGACCAGGCCAUGCACUUUGCAGAGAGACAUCUGGAAAUCUCUAACGAGACAGGUGACCGCUGUGGUGAGCUGACUGCUCGUAUGAAUGUGUCUGACCUCCAGACUGUCCUUGGCCUCACUUAUAGUACAAACAAUUCUGUCUUGUCAGAGAAGAAAGAGAUUGAUUAUAACCUGCAUGGAGCAAGACCCAGGAUGAGCAGGCGCUCCAGCAUGGAGAAUUUGGAGUUGAUGACACUUACACCAGAAAAGCUCAAAUGUCAGAAGUUGGGCACUGAGGUUCUAUGUAUGCAGUCAAAGACCAAAUCCUCCUCCAAAUUCUUCUUCAUGAAUCGUCUGCGAGGGAAGAAGAACAGCUCCAUUAAAGUUUUGCAGGACACCAGCAACACUCUGAAGACCUCUCAGAGGCAGACUGCUCAGAAAUGUGUGAGUGCGGACAUGUUGGGUGACGAAAGCUUCCUUGACAUGCUGAGUCAUUUACAAGGCAACAGAAUGGAUGACCAGCGCUACUCUAUUCAAAAGGAGCUGGGCUGCCAGUCCACUGCUACCACUAACCCCUCCUCCUCAUGUUCAUUUUUGCCCAAAAAUAUGAAAAAAUCCUUUUCAGAAUCUGCAGUAUCACAAGGCCAGGAUGCAUUUCUAAGAGUCUUGGAUACUGCUCAGAGUCGGAGGCUAGAAGAUCAGGGGACUGUAGGAAGUGUGCCUGUCUUGUGCAACUUCCAGACAAACCAGAACAGUAGCAGGCAGACUGUCCUCAGCCAGCUCAUGACCAACCCUGACAUCUCUGAACCUGACGAUCACUUCUUUGACAUGCUGAUGAAGAGCCAGGGUUCUCGUUUAAAUGAUCAGAGGUGUGCCCCUCCUCUUGCUCUGAUCCAUGGACCUACUGUUCCUGAUGAGGACUUCUUUAGUCUCAUCGUCCGUUCUCAGGCCAAGAGGAUGAAUGAACAAAGAGUCACGUUGCCAUCCAAGAACUGAACACUAUACACAUUCACAUAUACACACUGACCUCCAUUGCACUGAGCACACAAGCAUACAGAGGGGUGUGUGUACACGUGCAACUAUAUAGGGUUUUUUUUGUGUUUUAUUUAUUUAUUUUUUUUUUUCUUCAGUUUUUCACCUCAAUUUUGUCACCUGCCAAUUCCCACCUACCAACCAGCUCUUCCCUAUCACACAACAGCUACCAACCACGGACGGUGAAAGCUUACAUGUGUUUCAUCCAAGACACGUGAAGAUUGGUUAAUGUUGUUCUGAUUUACAAGAGAGUAUGCCAUCCCUCCCACCCAGAGAGCAUGGUCAGUUUUGCUCCCUGGAACCAUCUGUGAUAUCAUAUGGAUUUCAUAUGGAUAACUCACAAUCUCCUGAUGAUAGGGCAAAUACUUUUGUGUUGCACCACUCAGGAGCCCAGCUGUAGGUUUAAUAGUCACAUUCCCCUUUGGUUUUCCCUUUCCUGCAUAAAGUCUACUACAAAUUCUAGACAGAAUGGUAUGUAGGAUGUGUUGAAGCACAGCUACUUACACAAACCCUAACCCUGAUGCAGACUACAUUGCACGCAGUGAUAGUGUUGAUCCUCCACUUACCAAUGCACUUAUCCCACAGUGCUGAGGCCCAGAAUAUGAGUUUCUGGAAUUCUGGAAAUACAUUUUGUUUACCACUAAAAGGGACUUCUACAACAUAUGGAGUUGUUGCAUCUGCACUGGUACAUUUUGGUAUUUGAUGUCAGACUCAACAUGGGGCAUUGGUCUUCUAAAUUGUAAAAAGAAAUGGUUAUAGUUCAAGAGCUUGUUCUUAGUUUAUUUAGUAUGUGUAUAUUUUUAUUGAGUAUAAAAGCACUGUGUAUACACAGGUGUCUCUUUUUACAGCUUUGUUUGUAUGUUUUAUUUUUUUAAAGCAUAAGUAGUUUUAAGUAGUUUGGUACUAGAAGAUGAAUUAUUCCUCCAGGAAAUGUCCUGAGAUGCUAAUCAGCACUUUCAGAUCAGAUAGCACUGGGUGUUCGUGCAUGUUAACAUGUGUACUUAAAAAUAAACUAAGUAGCAUCAUGCUCACACCUAGUUGUGAUACUGUAUUACUGUAGAGUGGAAUGUUCAUGUAGGAAUAUUCAGGGUUUUGCUUCAAGCUUGUGUGUGUGAAUUUAAUGUUAAACUACCAAUAUUAAUUUAUUGUUUGUGUUUAUUUUCAAAGUGUAUUUUCUGAGUAUUAUGUAGAUGUAAAGAAAACAUGAUAAUACUGCUUAAAAAAAGGUCCAUAGCUUUUGCUAUUGUCAAUAUUUUAUAAUCUGAUUAACUAAGACUCAGAAAAAAGGUGUAUGGAUGCGACAUUGCAUAAAUGGCAACAGUGUUCCUUUUUUAUGUUUAGUGUGUCCUGUAGUAAUCAAACAUCUGGACAGCUAUGUUUGCAAACAAUGGAUGUAUGAAUUUCUGAAUAAUGAUCAAGAUAAGUAGAUACUGAAAUAAACCUUUUAUUUAUAUAUAUAUAUAUAUAUAUAUAUAUAUAUAUAUAUAUAUAUAUAUAAUAUGAACACCUGCUUAUUCAUGAAAUUAUCCAAUUAGCCAAUAAUGUGGCAGUGACAUAAUGCAUAAAAUUAUGAUGAUACAGGUCAAGAGUUUCAGUUAAUGUUCACAUCAAACAUCAGAAUGGGGGAAAAAAAUCUCAGUGACUGGCCAAGGCAUGGUUGUUGAUAAAAGAUGGGAUGGUUAUUUCAGAAACUGCCGAUCUCCCAGGAUUUUCACGUGCUAGAACCUCUACAGUUUACACAGAAAGCUGUGAAAAGCAAACAAAUCCAGUGAGCAGCCGUUAGAAAUACCUUGCUGAUGUUAGCUCAGAGGAGAAUGGCCAGACUGGUUUGAGCUGACAAGAAGGCUUAGUAAUUCAAAUAACCACCCUUUACACCGUGAUUAAAUCCCAGAAAGCACAGCACAUCGAACCUUGAAUCAGAUGGGCUAUAACAGCAGAAGACCACAUUGGGUUCUGCUCCUGGCAGCCAAGAACAGGAAUCAGAAGCUAUGGUUCACACAGGCUCACCGAAACUGGACAAUUGAAAAUUGUAAAAACAUUGCUUGGUCUGAUUUCUGCUGUAAAGAUGUGGUAGAUUGGGUGAUGGGUGAAUGCAUGAAUGUGCAGCUGACAAAUCUGCAGCAAAUAUGUGAUGCAAUCAUGUCAACAUUGGAACAAAAAAGCUGAGUGAACAUGAGGUUUUUUUACUUUAAUGUGGAGCUCAGAAAACAGCCUGUAGAAGCUCUUGGGGGGAUUGCCGGGUUUCAGAAAAUUACAAUUCAACUACAAUUCAACACCUACACACAAAGUCAUGAAACUAACCCCUGUCCAGGCAUAGGAAAAGUUAUACAUAUUUUUAAUGGUGGUGUACAUUUCUGAUUUGCAGAAUGUGUGGAACCUGGCAACCCUGCUGACGGAACAAAUACCAAGUUCAUUAACAUUAUACGGAUGGGAGAUGGACUGUCUCAUCUAAACAAUGCCUUUCUGAGCUCCAAAAUACAAACAUAUUUCUGUACAAAGAAAAGAAAUAUGCUUUAAUAUUUUGAGCAGUCACUCCAUAUAGCUCACACAGACCACGUGCUAUGUACAGGGCAGCAUAUCACAUCAUAGCAAUUAGAGCAUCUCUAAUUCAUUUUAGAAAUAUUGUAAAACUUUUGUUCAUUGCACAUAUUUUUUGCAAUUCUUAAAUGAUCAUUUUCCAUUGUUGUUAAAAGAAAAUCUUCUUGGAAAUACCAUCAUACCAUCUGUCAGAUCAUCCCAAACCACAAACUCCAUUUCCUAACAGUCACUGCGGCCUACAAACAUGGCCACCACGGACUUCCCAAAGCACACACAUUUCGGCGUUCUCAAUCACCGGACUUUUAACAAGACUCACCUUUUGCUUAUCACUCACUCUCACACUCACCCUUUAUAAGGGACUUCCACUCAUUCAUACUUUGCGCCAGUACACCUGACAUUACCAAGCCUUUUUCUAGUAUUUGCUAUUUUGAUUUUGACCCAGUUUGUGUGUUAUCGUUUUCUCGUCUCUGCCUUGCCUCCUACAGUCUGUAUGCACAUCGCAUGACCUUUGCCUGACUUCGAUUUUUUUGUACAUGAUAUAAUAAACUGUCUUACCUGCA